AUGGCUUCCAUCCUCCUGGGCGAGCCCAACACCCUCCCAACCGAUCCCAUCGUGCCCGGGACCGGGAGCGAAAAGAAGAAACGCCAAAUUCCCCAAGUCGCGUUCUAUGUCGCUGGAUCUGCUUUUGUCAUGACGAUAGGCCUAACAGCGAUGGUCAUCCCUUACGUCCGUCAAGCUGCUCGGUCGAUCAAUAGACCAGAGUUCAUGUCGAAUCGGCAUAUGCCUAUUCUGGCUUCUCGCAAAUACCCUUCGCCCCUUCUCCCUCCUUCAGCUUCAGCUCCAGGCGCCAACUCAUCAUCGACAUCAGCAUCGGCACCGCUCGGGGGAAAGGCAAAGACGUCGGCUCUACCGGCGUAUUCGCAUCCGACAUUCGCAGCCGAAAUGCCCAUCUCCGAAAAAGACAUCUUGAGAGAACAAGUAGCCAAGAGUCGGCUAUUCAACGCUAGGGAAGAAAAAUCGCUUUUCGGGGGAUCGUUGAUGCUUCAAAAGAAGGACGGGUCCGCCCUCAGAGAAGGCGAGGAAGAAGGCGAAGCGGGAGAGGGUGGGGAAGGAGGGAAAGAGGGAGAUAAUAUGGAAGGAGCGUUGUUGGGGGCGAAAGCGUUUGGGAUAGCGACGGGGAUCGUGUUUGGGUGUGCGGGGUUGGGGAUGUGGAUUGUGGGAAAGGCUGUGGGUGCUGAAGAUCCGGAAGACUUUGCCGUCAAGAUGCGGCAACAGCUGGUAACGUCCAUGCCUGCGCUGGUGACGAGUGUGAAUAAGCCGGGGAGGAGUGUGGAUGGGUUUGAUGGGCAGGCGAUUGAAGAGUGGGUGGAAGGGUUGGAGAGGGAGGAUGAGAGGCCAACAUGA